AUGCUGUCUCUCCUGCUGAUCCUCUCAGGCCUAGGCCGGCUGACCUCCGCGGGCCAUCAUCCCGAAACAUCGCCUCUACAAAUUACAGUGCCACGGAAGAUUGAGACAAAUACCAGUGAUGGUGAAGUUUCAGAAACACAUGUCACAUAUGCCAUCAAAAUUGAAAGGGAAACAUAUACUUUUCAUCUUAAAAAACAGUCAUUUUUAGACCCUCAUUUCCUGGUGUAUGCAUACAACAAAUCAGGAACAUUGUAUCCAGAUUCUUCACUUAUAAAGGGUCAUUGCUUUUAUCAAGGAUAUGCUGCAGAAAUUCCAAAAUCAGCUGUGACCCUUAGCACCUGUUCUGGACUCAGGGGAUUUUUGCAAUUGGAGAAUGUCAGUUAUGGCAUCGAGCCAUUGGAAUCUGCAACUGUAUAUGAGCAUAUGCUUUAUCAAAUAAAUAAUGAAAAAAUUGAUUUUUCUCCCUUAAAAGAAAAUUUUCCUAUGCCCCAAUUGGUACAAAAGUCCUACAAGAUUCUUGUGAAAUCAAAAAAAGAUUCAGAUGAACUAUUGGAAACAAUUCUGAAAAUACAAAUUAUUAUGGAUAAAGCUUUGUUUGAUUACAUGGGCUCUGAAGUGGCAUUUGCAGCUGAGAAAGUUGUCCAUAUCUUUGGUCUUAUCAACACUAUGUUUUCCCAGCUUAAAGUGACUGUGAAGCUAACUUCUUUGGAGCUCUGGUCAGAUCAAAAUAAGAUUUCAACUAAGGGGGAUGCUGAUGAAGUACUACAAAGACUUGUGUCAUGGAAAGAACAAUUUUUGUUUCAAAGAUCUCAUGAUAUGGCAUAUUUAUUAAUUUAUAGGGAUCAUCCUAAUUACGUGGGAGCAACAUAUCAUGGAAUGGCAUGCAAUCCAAAAUUCGCUACAGGAAUUGCUCUGUAUCCACAGAUAACCUUAGAGGCAUUUUCAGUUGUUAUGACACAGUUGCUUGGAGUUAGUCUGGGAUUAACAUAUAAUGAUGAUAUCUUCACUUGUUACUGCCCAGGAACUACAUGCAUAAUGAACACCAAAGCAAUACGUUCCCAUGGUGUAAAGUUUUUUAGCAGUUGCAGCAUGGAUGAAUUUAAACGUAUGAUUUCACAGCCUGAAUUUGAAUGUCUUCACAAUCAAAUAGUUUCAAAAGUGGUUUACCAAGGAAGAAAUUCACUUUGUGGCAAUGGAAUUUUGGAACCACCAGAACAAUGUGAUUGUGGUGGUACAGAGCAUUGCAAACAAUUUGGAAAAUGCUGUAAUCCUGCAGAUUGUACUCUGACUGAAUUUGCAGAGUGUGGCACUGGAGUAUGCUGUGAUAAAGAAACUUGUCUGAUAUCUGUAAAAGGAACUGUAUGUCGGGAAAGCAAAGACCCAUGUGAUUUUCCAGAAUUUUGCAAUGGAAGAAGUGAAUUUUGUGUACCAGAUGUGAAAUCUGCUGAUUUAGAACCAUGCAAUAAUAAGACUGCCUAUUGCUAUCAUGGAGUAUGCCAAGAUCCAGAUAAACAGUGUGCAGACUUAUUUGGAAAAUUUGCAAAAGGUUCUACUCUUCUGUGUACACAAGAAGUGAAUAUGCAUGAAGAUGAUUUUGGAAACUGUAGAAGAGAAUUUUGUAAUUUUAGGGAUAUCCUUUGUGGAAAGAUAGUUUGUCACUGGACACGUUUAGAAAUAAUACCAUUUAAAAAAUUUGAUAUUCAGUAUACUUACAUGGAAGGCCAUCUGUGUGUCUCUGCGUAUUUAAGAAUACCAACAGCACAUGUAACAGAAGAUUAUACCUAUACAUCAAAUGGCACUAUGUGUGGUCCAAAUAUGUAUUGUGACCAGGGACGUUGUUCUUCUAGGAAUUCAUACACACAGAGAACAAAUUGUGACUCAAACAUAAAUUGCAGUGGACAUGGGGUUUGCAAUAAUAUGCUUAAUUGUCACUGUGAUGUUGGAUAUUCUCCUCCACUUUGUAGACCAUCACGAACAUCACCAGGAGGAAGUAUUGAUGAUGGGUUUUGGAUUCUUUCUGACUUUCCUCUUAAGUACCUGCCUAUAAAACGACGGCCUCCUUCUCAAAAAAAUAGCCUCUUGUUUGGUUUCUACAUUUUUCUACCUCUCAUUGUUUUAACCGCCAUCAUUGCUUUUAAAUGCAAUAAAAUAAGAUUUGGGAACCAUGAGGGAACAGCAACUGGAGGACCUGUGGAAGCCUCUGAUCCACUCUGGAGCCCUCAGGGUGAGCCAGCGCGAGCUGAUAGCAAGCACAAUGCUCACCCGCGGGGCCAGCGUGCAGGAGGGACUUCCGUGAGUACUCCCGCCCACGAGCCUUAG